AUGGGGAUGACCCAUAAUAAUCCCUUCUCGAUGCCUACCUUGUUCGAAGCUUUGCAACGUCUCCGUCUCUCAGAAGAAGAAACCUCCGGCUCCAUUCCUCCUCCUCCUGCUUUAAUCCCACGCGCCGCCGUAGAUAACGCGCGUUUAAUCAAACUAUUCAACCUAAUGACUAGCAAGGAAUGUGUGUCCCAGUUUAAAGAGAUUAUCUCAAAGGAACCUGACCCAGAAGCUCUUCCGAAGAUAGUCUCGUUGCUGACUUCAGACUCCGAUUACUUCAUGGAGGUUGUCCGAAACAAGUACGGUUCGAAACGCGUCCAGAAGCUCCUCGGAAUAUCAGAUGACGUGGAUGCGCUCUUCUACGCCGCUAUCUUGCGCCGGUUUUACGACAUCAUGACCGAUAAGUACGCAUCCUACGUGGCGAUUCGAGCCAUGCUGGUUUUCGACACGAUGGAGAAAUUUAGAAUGUACGAUCACGUUCUCUACUACGCGCUCGACAUAGCGCGUGAUCAGUACGGCUGCAGCGCGCUCAACGAGGUUAUAACCGAUGUGGGGGAUGCUUUGUACAGAAAGCUUAUACUAGACUUAGUUGCAUGCAACGCUCUCUUCUUAAGCAACGAUCCUUCAGGGAACUUUGUGGUUCAACACGUGCUUACACUGUAUGACUCGCGUUGCACGAGUAACGUAGCGGUUAGUCUUCUUGGUCAUUGCGUUGAUCUGUCGUUUCAGAAGUAUGGAAGUUACAUUGUAGAGAAGCUUCUGGAGGCGGAGGAGUCGAUGGCUGUGGUGGUUGUGGAGCUUUUGGAGUGCGAAGGAGGCAGGUUGACGAGGCUGGCGAGGAAUGAGUUUGGGAGUUUCGUGGUAGUCAAGGCAUUGAGAGUCACGCAGGAGAUGGAUAGGAUCGAUAUGUUUUGGGAUUUGGUGCAGAAGCUGAUGCCUCUUCGCCACCUUUUGGUUAGGUCUCAUGGAAGCAACAUUGCAAAGAUAUUGGAGUCAUGUUCUAUAUAGC